CUGUGUGGUCCUCCUGCUAUCCGUCGCACAAUAAGGAGGAUGCUGCAUCCGCGGGCCUAUUACCGUCUUUGGGCGCAUUCAAAUGAAAUUUAGUGGAUGCAAAAAUGCCACAGGGAUACAAGAUGGCAGGAUGAGCCCCAGCUGUUUUUUCCCAAGGCAUUGCAUCCUAUCCGGCUUGGUAUCCGGAAUAUACAGCUCCACCCUGCAGCCUGAUAUCAUGAAUGUUAUUGUAAUAGCUUAGUCAUUGACAAGCCAAGUGGGUGCAGGAAAAAAUUGAUUAACAGGACAAUUGGAGACCAAGAUGCUACAAGGCUCAAGUAUCCUGGGACAUGAGAGGCCCCUGGUCAUCAGGGUGUCAUUCACCACCUGUGUUGUUGGUACUGUCUGCCUACCACUGCUUGGACUAAUAACAUGCGUCUUCAUAUCCUCUGUUUUUCAUUAUGAGGACUCUACUGGUACACACUGCCAGGUUCCUAACUACCUGCCAUCUAUCAGUGCCUCAAUAAGCCUGAGUCCUGAGUGCCACAUAUGGCGGUUCUGUAUCGGACUGCACUCGGCGCCGAGGCUCUUGGUGGCAUUUACCUACUUCAAAUUUUACAAGACACGUUUUUCCUCAAGGUUUCCUGAGGGUCCACUCACCUGCUUCAGUCUGGUCUUUUCUCUUUUUGAAAACCUCGGCCUCUUGCUUCUCACAUAUGUGUCAUCCAGUGAAACAUACUUCGUACAUAAGGAAGGAUUUGUCCUCUUCAUUGUCAGUUCCAUUAUCUACAUGCUGAUAACCUGCCGUCUAUGGAAGACUAUUAAGAAUUAUUCAUUAAGUCCAGAGGAUGCCAAGUCUCACCAUUGGAAAGUGCGCUUCUUAAUUCUCAAUGUAGCCUUCUGUGCUUUCGCUGGAUUCUUUUACUGGAAACACAACAUGUACUGUGAAUCAGGAAGUUACACAUUAUUUGCCCUGUUUGAGUAUCUGGUGGUCUUCUCCAAUAUGGCCUUCCAUCUCACAGCAGUGUGGGACUUUAAGAGCCGCGAGGUGGUGGUCAUUUCAUCCUCUGAAGAUAAAGACUUCUGACUAGAAACUCAAGGACUAAGUGCUAAAUGUACCAUCACACAGCCACCUGAUGUUAACAGCCUUGAUCCUGCACAAAGAGACGAGUGGGAUGAAGGCCUUUUCCAUAUAAGUCCUUAGAGGAUGUAGAUUCCAGACAUGUUUGAGCUAAAGAUAUGCACAUGUGCUACUGUAUGGUUAAUUCAGUGAAUCGUAAGUGCAUUUUCAUUGCCUCAGUGUCUCAUUUAUAGAUGCCUUUGCCCACAAACAGCACAAUAUUUUCUGUAAUGUGAAUUUUAAACUUUUGUACAAUGCACAAAAAGUGUGUAGUCAGUCAUGCUGUAUGUGUGCUAAAGUAAAAUGACAGCAGUACAAGUA